AUGUCCGAGUCGACCCCACCUAACCACUACAUCAUCAUCAACUGGUCCGUCGACGUCGCGCCAGGUGGCGCCAUCAACGAGCACCGACAGACGCUUGUCGGUGCCAUGCUCAGCCUCUUUCAGGGCAAGCUGAGGGCACCAUGUACGAAGACCCCGACGAGCGUGGCCAAGAGUGUUGAUAGGAUGCCGAUCACCGCGCAGUUCUACGGCCUCCCUGAGCUCGACCGCACCUCCACUACCGUGAAGUCCGUGCAGAUCACCGCCGCGGACGCGUCCACGGCUUCCUUUCAUGUCCUCCAGAAGUGCACAUCUUGUGCUGAAGAUAAUCUCGUUCGACACUGUCUGUCAUGA